UGACCACUCGUAUUUGACCAUUCUUAAAAACUUUAUUCGAAAGCUGAAAUUUGAAUCACUGUUCGCGCCUACUGGCGAAUGUAGUCACCGCCACCAGUAAGUACAGCGAACAUGGAGCCGAUCGCACACCUCGUGAAAGUGUCUGUUCCGAAUUAUCUUGCUGGCCUGCCGAUUCCUGAAUCGAUAGGCGGCUGGUUUCGUCUGGGAGUAAAGGACUGGUUCGCUUUGAUACCGCCUACCGCAGCUCUUGCCGGACUCGGAUAUAUGUCCUAUCGAGCAUUUUGUCCGCGUGCCAGGCCUGCGCCAAGUGGAUUAGUUAAUCUGAAAGUGAAGAAGGACGUAGCAAAAGUAGUGGAUACCGUUGACAUUGAGGAUAUCUCCGAGAAAGCUGUAUUCUGUCGUUGUUGGAGAUCUGAGAACUGGCCCUACUGCGAUGGCAGCCACGGACGUCAUAAUAAGGAGCACAACGAUAAUGUAGGCCCGCUCGUCAUCACAGAUAACGAAGGAGAUUAAGAAAAGUGCCAGCCAAUGUUGAUCGUUUGCCACAAUCACUGUAAGAUAGCUACUUCAGAUAAAGUGACAAGAUAAAGAUAAAGAAACAAACAAAUGCAGGGUGCAUUUCUCAUUUUGUUGUACAGUAUAAAAUAAAUCAAUUUGAGGGGAAUAAUUCAAUUAUACAGUGUCGAUAUCAACAGUUAAUUAGCAUUUAAUAUUUAUUCUUAUAUUUUAGCUUAUAUUUAGCAUAUAGCUAUAUAUUAGCUUAUAUUUAUAGAGACAAUAACAUCGGUUUUGAAAAUGCAUUUUUAUACUAUGCGCAAGUGACAUUGUAAUUUACGCAAGUGGUUAAUCAUAUAUGAAAGUUGUAUAUAUCUGUUCUCUAUAAAGAAAGUGACAUAUACAAAAACUACACAUAAAAAUUAUGAACAUUAUAUAAUUAUUCACUUUCAAGUAUGCUGCAGCGAAAAGUUUAUGUAAUAGACUAAGAAUUAUUUCCCUUCAGAUUGUUCAUUUGUCAGUUGUAUAUUAUAGAUAAAUUUCUUUGUCUUCUUAUUUUUUAAACUGCGGUUUCUCGGAAGCAUUUUUAAAUAAAUUUAUCCCAUAUUUGGUGAUCUUAU